AUGGAAGGACUGACAGCCUCCGAGCAGAGAGAGUUCCAGAACCGCAUGGAGCGCAAGCAAGUGAAGGAAACCAUGGGCAUGUUCUCUAACCUCGUCUCCCACUGCUUCGACGCCUGCAUCGAUGACUUCACGACCAAAUCCAUGAUCCAGCGCGAAACCGGCUGCGUUUCCCGAUGCGUCCAGAAAUUUAUGGCGGGCAGCGAACGUAUCGGCCAGAGAUUCCAGGAGCAACAAGUCCAGAUGAUGAACCAGCCUCCCCCGGGACGAUAA